CGCUGAGAUUGUAAUGCAACGGAGCCCAAUCGAGCUCAGAUUAUGCCAUCUCAACUCUUCCUUCCAGAGCAUGCGGACCUGAGGACCACAUAAACGGCAUGGGCACAGACGCAACGCCGCACCACUCACACCGAAACCUCUUGUAGGCAGGAAUUGUAUUUUCUUCAGUCACUUCUGAUGGCAGAUCUUGAACAAGAAGGAGCAGCUUCUCCCCAAGCCCAGCAGCUCUUCUGAACGCGAGGGAUCGGAUCUGAGAAAGCGCAGGUGUGCCCGGGGUGCUUACAGUGGACCUUGUGCUUCUAUCUAAAGGGGAUAGUAUCAGGAUUACCAGCAGAUGUAAACUGAAGGACACUUCUGAUAGGUACUGGUGAGGAAGAAGGGGGGAAAGCUGCAAACUGAGAAUCGGGAGCUUGCGCGCAAGGCUCAACACAUCACUGGAUUCUACAUUUAUACCUCAAGAAAAAUGUCAUCUCAGACGAAGAUUAAGAAGGACAAGGAGAUCAUAGCGGAGUAUGAAACGCAAGUGAAAGAGAUCCGUAAUCAGUUGGUGGAGCAGUUCAAGUGCCUGGAGCAGCAAUCAGAGGCUCGGAUCCAGCUGUUGCAAGACCUGCAGGAGUUUUUUCGGCGCAAAGCUGAGAUUCAACUGGAGUAUUCUCGCAGUCUGGAGAAACUGGCUGAAAGGUUCUCAUCAAAGAUUCGCGGCCCGAGGAAAGAACAACACCUUCUCUCUUCAGUAAACUGCUGGUAUCUGGUUUUGAACCAGACUCGAAGAGAAAGCAGAGAUCAUGCCACACUUAAUGAUAUCUACAUCAACAAUGUCAUCGUUCGCCUGGCUCAGAUCAGCGAGGAUGUCAUCCGGCUCUUCAAAAAGAGUAAAGAAAUUGGCAUUCAGAUGCACGAGGAGCUGGUGAAAGUGACAAACGAGCUGUACACUGUGAUGAAGACGUAUCACAUGUAUCACACGGAGAGCAUCAGUGCAGAAAGCAAGCUGAAGGAGGCCGAGAAACAAGAGGAGAAACAGUUUAGCAAAUCUGGAGACAUCAACGUCAACCUCCUGCGCCAUGAAGACCGACCCCAGCGCCGCAGCUUGGUCAGGAAGAUUGAGAAGAUGAAGGAGAAGAGGCAAGCCAAGUACUCCGAGAACAAACUGAAAUGCACUAAAGCCCGCAACGACUAUUUAUUGAACCUGACAGCCACCAACGCCGUUGUGGCGAAAUAUUACAUCCACGAUGUUUCGGAUAUGAUUGAUUGCUGUGACCUCGGAUAUCAUGCUAGCUUGGCGCGCACAUUAAGGACGUAUCUGUCUGCUGAGUAUAACCUGGAGACCUCUCGCCAUGAGGGUCUGGACAUCAUUGAAAAUGCUGUGGACAACCUGGACCCUCGCAGUGACAAGCACAAAAUCAUGGACAUGUACAAUCAGGUCUUUUGCCCGCCCAUGCGCUUUGAGUUUCUGCCGCACAUGGGAGAUGAGGUGUGCCAGGUGAGCGCUCAGCAGCCCGUCCAGACUGAACUUCUGAUGCGUUACCACCAGCUGCAGUCCCGCUUGGCCACGCUCAAGAUUGAGAAUGAGGAGGUGCGCAAGACCCUGGAUGCCACCAUGCAGACCUUACAAGACAUGCUGACAGUGGAGGACUUUGAUGUAUCAGAUGCCUUCCAGCACAGCCGAUCCACGGAGUCCAUCAAAUCCGUGACUUCCGAGAGUUACAUGAGCAAGUUAAACAUUGCUAAGAGACGAGCCAAUCAACAGGAGACAGAAGUCUUCUACUUCACUAAAUUCAAGGAGUACCUGAAUGGCAGUAACCUCAUCAUUAAGCUGCAGGCCAAGCAUGACCUGCUGAAACAGACUCUGGGGGAAGGAGAAAGAGCCGAAUGUGGAACUACAAGGGGAAGACGGAAUGCUCGUACCCGCAGUCAGGAUUCAGGUCAACCCAUUCCUCUGGUGGUGGAGAGCUGUAUACGAUACAUUAAUCUAUAUGGGCUGCAACAACAAGGCAUAUUCCGAGUUCCUGGAUCUCAGGUGGAAGUCAACGAUAUUAAAAAUUCAUUUGAAAGAGGUGAGGACCCACUGGUUGAUGAUCAGAGCGAUCGUGACAUCAACUCUGUGGCUGGUGUUCUCAAGCUGUAUUUCAGAGGGCUGGAGAACCCUCUGUUCCCCAAGGAGCGCUUCCUGGAUUUGAUCUCCACCAUCAAACUUGAAUCGUCUGCGGAAAGAGCCCACCACAUCCAGCAGAUCAUCAUCACCCUUCCUCGUACCAUCAUCAUCGUCAUGAGAUACCUGUUUGCUUUUCUAAAUCAUCUGUCCCAGUACAGUGAUGAGAACAUGAUGGACUCAUAUAACCUUGCCAUCUGUUUUGGACCCACUCUGAUGCCCAUCCCGGAUGCUCAGGACCCUGUGGCCUGCCAGGCUCAUGUUAAUGAGGUCAUCAAGACCAUCAUCAUCCACCACGAGGUCAUCUUCCCCAGCCUGCGUGAGCUGGACGGUCCUGUCUAUGAGAAAUGCAUGACUGGAGGAGAGGAGUACUGUGACAGCCCUCACAGUGAACCAGGCACCAUUGAUGAAGCAGACAACUGCACCGAACCACACACGAGCGAUGAUGAGGUGGAGCAGAUUGAAGCCAUUGCAAAAUUUGAUUACAUGGGUCGGACUCCUCGCGAGCUGUCCUUCAAAAAAGGCGCAUCCCUUUUGCUGUAUCAUCGCGCAUCUGAGGACUGGUGGGAGGGCCGACACAAUGGGGUUGACGGCCUCAUACCUCACCAGUACAUAGUAGUACAAGACUUGGAUGAUGCGUUCUCUGAUAGUCUGAGUCAGAAGGCUGACAGCGAGGCCAGCAGUGGACCUUUACUGGACGAUAAAGCCUCGUCUAAAAACGAUCUGCAGUCCCCAUGUGAACCUUCACCUGAUUACAACUUUGGCGGGGUCAUGGGCCGGGUUAGGUUGCGUUCGGACGGGUCUGCCAUUCCCCGGCGCCGCAGUGGCACUGACUCUCACAGUCCUCCCCGAGACACACCGCCGCGGGCCGCUGCCUGUCCCAGCAGCCCCCACAAGGUGGUGGUCAGUAGGGGCCACAUAGAGAGUCCUGAGAAGAGGCGUUUGGGAACCUUUGGCAGUGCAGGCAGCAUUAACUACCCUGAGAGAAAGGUCUAUCCUGAGGGUCACCCACUCAGGCCUGUGCCAGGAGCAACAAGACACAGUAGCCUAGGAGACCACAAGUCCUUGGAGGCUGAGGCUUUAGCAGAGGAUAUUGAGAAGACAAUGAACACGGCACUUCAUGAGCUCCGUGAAUUGGAACGCCAAAACACAGCCAAACAAGCUCCCGACGUUGUUCUGGACACUUUAGAACCGCUCAAGAACCCUGUUAGCUCAGAGCCAGCGAGCCCCUUACACACCAUCAUGAUCCGAGAUCCGGAUGCGGCCCUGAGACGCAGCAGCAGCUCCACCUCCGAGAUGAUGACCACCUUUAAACCGGCUUUGUCGGCCAGAUUGGCCGGAGCCCAGCUCAGACCUCCACCUAUGAGACCCUUGCGACCCCCACCCACUCAGCACCGCUCCAGCAGCUCCAGCUCCUCUGGGGUGGGAAGCCCUGCUGUGACCCCCACAGAGAAGAUCUUUCCAAAUAACGCGAGCAAUGCUGCAGCUUGUCCUGCCCUCCAGAACUGGACUAAUAAGCGAUAUACAUCUAAGUAA